AUGGCGCGCUCUCGUCCGAUGCCCCGAUUAUUUGUUGUGAGGCAUGGGGAAACUGAGUGGUCCUUAAACGGGCGACACACUGGCCUGACGGAUAUACCGUUGACCGAGAGAGGAGAAGCCCAAGUCAGAGAAAUAGCCCAACAUGUCGUUGGCGAAGGCCUUGCCAUCCAACCCAACAACCUCUGUACCGUACAGGUUUCUCCUCGCCUUCGUGCACACAGAACCUUCCAUCUAUUGUUCGAGCAUGCUGAAAAAUUGCCGGACCACGUUUUGACGGAAGAAGUCCGGGAGUGGAAUUACGGAGACUACGAGGGCCUAACGAAGCAAGACAUCAAGCAAUUAAAUCCGAAUUGGAAUAUCUGGUUUGACGGUUGUCCAGGUGGAGAAUCGGUCGAACAAAUGCAAGCUCGAGUUGAUGAUGUCAUCAGAAAGGUCCGUGAAUACCAUAGGCAAUAUAAGGAGGAAGGCAUUCACACUCGCGAUGUCCUGAUUGUGGCGCAUGGCCAUUUUAACCGUGUGCUCAUCUCUCGAUGGAUAAACUUCCCUCUCUGCCUUGGAACUCAUUUUAACGUUGAACCCGGAUCUGUGGCUGUCUUGAGCUACAAUCACAACUCGUUGGAUGAACCGGCACUGAACGCGCUGAACUUGUUCGCAACCAUUGCAUGA